AUGUCCCAAACAUCCAUUACCGAUAUCCUCAACUCCUCUCCUCUGGACCUAACCCCCUACGAGUCCCUCUACAAACACUUCCACGCCAACCCCGAACUCUCCUGCCAAGAAAAGAACACCUCUGAGAAAAUCGCAUCCCACCUCGCCUCCCUCAAUGCCUUCGAAAUCACCACCAACAUCGGCGGCUACGGCCUAACCGCCGUCCUGAAAAACGGGCCCGGCAAAACCGUCCUCCUCCGCGCGGACAUGGACGCCCUCCCCGUAAAAGAAGAGACGGGCCUCCCCUACGCCAGCACGGUGACUAUGGCAGACGCAGACGGCGCAAUCAAACCGGUCAUGCACGCCUGCGGACAUGAUAUGCAUAUCACGGCGCUCCUCGCAGCGUCCGAGCUUCUUUCGUCACCGGAAAUAAGAAAGAGGUGGUCUGGAACCCUAAUUGCGCUGUUCCAACCAAACGAGGAACGCGGCCACGGCGCUGCGUCCAUGCUCGCCGACGGCCUGUACAACAAAAUCCCUCUGCCGGACAUCUGUCUAGGCCAGCACGUCAUGCGUCUCCGGGGCGGGAGCAUCCAUUCGAAAAGAGGGACGAUCAUGGCGGCGGCGGAUAGCAUGCGCAUCACGGUCUUCGGGCGCGGCGGGCACGGGAGUUUACCGCAUACGACUGUUGACCCGGUUUUACUUGCCGCGCAUAUUGUGGUCCGCCUGCAGGGCGUUGUGAGUCGGGAGAUCAACCCCGAUGAUGUGGGCGUUCUUACGGUGGGAUCUCUUGUCGCGGGGCAGACGGAGAAUGUCAUUGCGGAUAAGGCGGAGAUUGGGAUUGAUUUCCGCUCUGUGCGUGUUGAGACCAGGGACGCUAUUGUUGCUGCCGUGGAGCGCAUUGUGAGGGCUGAGUGCCUUGCGUCGGGAUCACCGCGGGAGCCGAUAUUCACGCCCACGCGCCGCUUUCCACCGACGUUUAAUACCCAUGAUGUGGCUGAUAAACUGGCCGUUUCGUUUGGAGACCAUUUUGGGCCGGAUUUCGAGCCGGAUACGGAGCGGACGAUGGUUGCUGAGGACUUUAGUGUCCUUGCCACGGGUAGGGGUAUACCCUGCUGCUUUUGGUUCCUGGGGGGGAUUGAUCAGGAAACGUGGGAUGGGGCGGUUAGCAAUGGGAGCACGGGGGAGAUCCCGGGGAAUCAUAGUGCGCGCUUUGCGCCUGUUAUCCAGCCGACACUGAAAGCUGGGGUUGAGGCGUUGUGUGUGGCGGCGCUGACGUUUUUAAGGGAGGGGGUGUAA